AGAGCCGCCAUCAUGGACGUGCGGAGGAAACGUUGAUAAUGGUAUUCAACUCAAGAGGUCGGUCACGGAGUCGUCCUCAGCUUAUAAGGGGUCGGGGAAAGUUCUUCAGGGGACGAGGCAGUGUUACAAAUAGAGAAGAAGGUUUACGCAUUACAUUGAACAAUCGUGGCGACAGUGGUGAUAGUGGUGUUCAACGAUCCUCGAGAGGCAGAGGUUCGACCCAUAUACAAGAUAGACACGGCAGAGAUCGUCGCGAAAGUCCACACUUCGUUGGUGAUGACAAUCGCGAUACUCACGAGACAUCUAUGGAAAGGAAAAGGCAUGACCACUUUGAGUACAGAAGGGGUGACGUUUCACCGUCGAAGCGACGAUCACAUGACAAAAUUGAUUUGGCAGCAGAUGCAGAAUCCUUGAGAAUCACGGUUGGUAAUGAAAAAUUCUUCAAGGACAGCAGAGCUAGUGAUUCUCCAAGGAGAGGUACCCCAUUGUCUGAACGCUUAGGACCGCCUGUAGAUAUGGUUGAACAGUUGACAGGGCCUUCCGGAACAAGAGACUAUGGACCAAGGGGGAGGUAUUCUGAUGAUGGCUUUGAUAGCAAGAGAGAGAAGUCUUACUGGCAGCACGAGGACACACAAAGAUCAGAAAAGUAUAAGAGAAGUGAUGACAUUCAACUUGAUAGAUAUAGUAAGAGAACCCCGGGUGAUGAUAGUCAGUAUGACAAAGCUAGAAAGACUGGAUCAAAGGAUCAAGAUUGGAAAGGUAGUCAUGAUGAAUACAGUGACAGUUGUCAAGACCACCAAAGGGCAACUUCUCGUCAUUAUCGGCCCGACCAUAGAAACGUGGAUAAUGAGGAUGUACAUAGAAGAAGUCGAGACCGAUACGACAAAGAAGAUUUCCGACAUGGUAAAAAGAAAUAUGAUAGAUACAAGGAUUGUGAUGACUCCAGAAGAAGACCCUUUUCCCAUGAGAAGAGGGAUGAUUUCAACAAGAGUUAUGAAAGUGAGAGAAGAAGAGGAUCUGUUGAUCGUUUUGAAAAUCAUGAUCAUGAUGUCUAUGCAAAUGAGUAUAAACAUGAGGUUGAAAGAAAUAGAUCUCACAGCCAUGAAAGGAAUAACAGAGUGGCAGGCCAUAGGGAAAGUGAAUCAGGCAGAUAUUCACCGAAUUCAGAGAAAAGAUCCCCAAGGUCUGAGAGGGAGAAACGAGGUAGCUUUUUUCAACAAGUAGAUAAGGAAUUAUCACCAUCUGGGAUUGGCAAUGUAAUUCAGAGUCAAACACCACCUGUUGCUGCUAAACCUCUCAAGUCAAUCCUCAAAAAAAAAAGUGACUCAGCAAGUGGGAAUACUGCAAGUACCCAAAGCGGUGUUGCAGAGCAGGUCUCAGACUUUCUGAAAAAAUUUCAAGCACCUCUCCCCUCGGAUAAUCUUGUCAGUAUGGAGAUGCAGUUUAAUUCAGCAUUGCGGAGAAACACAAAUGUGCCAGGAUUUGUGCAGAACGAGAUGGAUGCAGAUGAUGAAGAAAAGUUUUUGUAUGGGGAUUCUGAAUUUACUGCUGCUAUUAAUAAAGCUCAACAGUCACAGGCUCUGUUUCCUGUGUUAGACAAAGAGUUGACCAAAUCUCAGAUCAUGCCAGUGCACAAUUCGGAGACAAGUGCAAAUCCAAAGACGACAAUUGAUCCAUCUUCAUGUAUACCGUCAUGGAUGAAGCCUCAACCCUCCACCGAAUCGGGAGGUACUGAAGGAAAAAAGGGGGAGGAUAUGGACAAAACUGUACAAAAUAUCUUAAAGUCCAUAGGAUUCAAUUUUGAUUUAUCGAAACGAAUGCAAGAGCUUGCAAAACUGAAGAAGCAAAAGGAAGAAGAAUCACAGUUUUCUAUCAAUAAAAAUGCUUCUUUUCUCGGUGGUGGAAUAUCUAGUGCUGACAUCAGAGAAAAACUGUUCAAGAAGGAAAGUGCAAGAAGUGAAGUUGAAAGUUUCUUAAAAGGAGCAAAAGAGAAAGUUAAACAUUCUGAUGAAGGAUAUAAAGACUAUGCUGUUGAUCAUCACAGAGAAGAACCAAAGGUGUUGCCACAUCAGAGUCAAAAUGAACCAUUUAGGGAUGUUGAUUUGAUCCAUCAGCCUAGUGCUGCAGUCACAGUCAGUCAACAGCCUACUCCAGUUUCACAUUUUCAGCCUCCCCCUCUGCAGUACUCUUCAUUUUACAGUGGUAUGUAUCCUCCUCCUCCUCUGGCUUAUGGUCAUCAGGCAGGACAUCCAAGUUUGGUACCACCAGGAAAUCCACAUCUACAUCUUCCUCCCACAUAUAGCUAUGCAUCACCAUACGCCCAGCAUAACUAUACAACACCAGUUUCUCAUCUUUCACAACCAUAUGCUCCACAUAUGUCUCCAUCUCCAGAAAUUGGUCCAAUAAAACCAAAGAGACCUACAGGCAUUGCAAAUUUGACAAUUGUUCCUAUAGCUGAUGAUCGAAAAAAACUAAAAGAAAAGUCACCAGAAAUGACAAAAAGAGCAGUGAAGCGAGAACGCGAAGAAUCACCUGAGUAUUCUCGAAUUGUGAUUGCACCAAAAUCCAAAUCGAAAGGUGAUAGAAGUCCUGCUCAGAAAAUUCAGAAGGUCAAAAGAGAAAGAGAAAGCACAAAGGAUAAAAAACGAAAGCCUGAUGUCGAGGAUGAAAUGUCUGGUGCAAUGUCACGUAAAGACAAAGCUCAGCCAAGCAAGCCUCUUGUGCAGGAACCAAAGGAGGUCAAGCUGAAAACCUUAUCAACUUCAGAUAAACAAACUCUGUUGAAAGAGUGUGAAGACAGAAAAAAGAAGUUACAAUUAUUGGAAAAAGAACUUGGCAAACUUAAAAAGCAUCAAAAUGAAAUCAUGAGAAGACGACAGCGACAGAGAGAUGGUCACAAAGAUCCUUUGUUGGUACAAAAUAGCAAAUUGCAAGAGGAGAUAUCAAUACAAAUUAGACAACUGAGAAAAGCUUCAGAGAAGUCAGCCUUUGUCCUCAAACAGGCAGAUAAAGAAGACCGAAACAGCCCGUCUCUUGCGAAAAAGGAUGUGGAAGAGCCCUCCAAAGAAGUUACAAAACCGAAAAGUAGUGUAGGCAUCAAACAUGAGUUCUACGACCCAGGUGGUCACUGGUGUGGAGUUUGCCAUCAUGUAUCAGCAUCUCUGUUUGACUACUUCACUCACCUGCAGUCAAAGAAACACAAACAGAAAUGCGACCCAUAUGAUCGUCCUUGGUUGACUGAUGUCACACAAAAUGCUGAUAAAGGGCAAGAUAAGGGGGCUACCGUGGAGGUGAAGGCAAUGAAAGGUGUGGAGUUCAUGAUGAGUACAGAUGCCUUCUACUGCUCUCUGUGUCAUAUCUUCAGUGGAGAUGUGACAAGUGCAGAAUCACAUAUCAAGAGUGAAGAACAUUUUGCCAAGUAUGAGAAUCAUCUACAACAAAAUGAAUUUUACGAGAAACGAUACACUCUUGAAAAGACUGCCUUUUUAUCACAAGUGAAAGAAGAACAGGAAAAGAAUGGAGAAAAAGUAAAGGUUAGAAAAGGUAAAAGCCUGCAAAUUGAAAUGGAUGAAGUACCUCAUGUGGUUGAGAAUUUACAACAAUCCAAAAGUAACUUGGACAGCCGUGAGCAAGAGAUAAAACAAGAGGAAAAGGAAACACCAAUUUCUCCGAAACAUAAAAGCAGUUGCGAAGAUAAAGCAAAGCCACAGAAAGAAGAAAAUCCUGGAGAUACCAAACAAGAAGAGACAACAAAAGGGAAAAUAGCAAUAAAACUUACCGGAAAAACUGGGAUAAAGCCACAACCUCGAAUCCUCCCUCCUUGGACACCAGUUACCAAAAAGGAGUUGUUAAGAGCCAAGAGUAAGUCAGAAGCUGUCCCUGUGAAGAAAGCCAUUACAAAAACAGAAAGUGUUCAGCCUCCCUCACUUGACAUGUUUCUGACAAUAGGAGGUCCCACAACUAAGAAGUUGCCUGUGUAUAAACUACGUUCAGGUACAGUAAAGAAACCUUGCAGUGUCAGACCUAAAAGUCCAGAUGAAAUUAAAAAUCAAGAAGGUGAGAAACUGAGUGACACGAAGAGUGACACGAAGAGUGACAUGAAGUUACUUGGUAUCGAAGAAGAUUUGUCAACGCCUAUAGCUGCAAAGAAACCACCACCACCAAGAUCACAGAAUUUGUCGCUGCCAAAACAUCCAUCUUCCUCUUCCUCUGCUGAAGAAUUGUACAGUGUUUUCUAUCAGGACUCUGCUUCCUCAGGCCGAGACUGUGCAUCAACUAUCAACCUUGAUGACAUACCUAUUCCUCCUCCACCUCCUCUGCCCAGUGAAGCAAUCCCUGACAAUGAGAAACCCAAACCGCAAGAUACUCAGAAACCUAUUGAAAUCUCCAACGUGUCCAGCGACAUGAUUAUGGAAAGCAAAGAUAUAGCGGUUGAUACAGAGAAGAACGGCACCAAUACUGAUGUUGAUUUGGUUGAAACUGCACCAAUUUUAGCUCCUGCGAUGGAUGUUGUAGAACAUGAAAGUAAACUAGAUGUUGAAAGUUUGAAUGCAGCUAGCUGCCAAGAUGACAUGAAGAUGGACAGCAGCAUUGCUGUUGUUGCUGAUGAUACACCGAGUCAUGAGCAGAUCUCUCUGUCAGCUGAAGUUGAGGGAAUCCCCACCUGUGAAAAAGAUACAGAGAAAAGUUCUGAAGUUGCAGACAGUACAGAAGCUGUAGAAAAUCUGACAGUGAAUGAAAAUGAAAAUGUUUCUGAAGUGAGUGAUGUUCAAGAAAAUGUAGAUGACACACUACCUCCCGAAGAAAGCACUGUCGAUGAACAGAUAACGGUUUCAGCUGAUCUGCAAAAGGAUACUGACAUCAUUGUCGACCAGCCACAAGUGUCUGAGCUGCUCAAAGAAGAUACUUCAGAGCACACUAGUUGCCUUGAUGCUGAGAUCCCAGUCGUUGCGAAGGAUUUUGAGGAAGAAAUGGAAAUGACAACUGAAGAUUCUACGGUUGAUUUGAUUGACAGUUCAGAUAUUUGUCCAGGAGAGCCUGCAGUGGUGUCAUCCAAAGCAACUGGAAGUAACACGGUUACAGAUGUUGAAGAUAUUGGCAGCGAUGGUAGCGGUGAAAGCGUGCACAUGGAUAGUGACUUUGAGGUACUCGAUGAAUAUGAGGCUGACUAGUGUUGGUUGUCACUUGCCUACACUUUUUAUGAACCUUUCAACAUGCUUAGCCUAAAUAUAUUAAUGCAUUUCUUGCAUUUAGUGUUGUGGAUAGACUGUUAGGUGUGUCAGAAAGUUGUCAAAACAUAAUAUUUUUGCACACCUAUGAGCAUUAUGAUUAUGAGGUUCAAUAAAGGUAAAGAAAGCUUAAAAACCUAAAUCAUAUGAUUUGUGCUUAUUGUGUUUAUAUUGUUAUCUCAGCUAGGAAUACAUACAUCCAUUGUAUAUACAUUUCAUCUGUCAUUCAUUUAAUAGCAUUGAUAUUGAUGUUUGGCUUGACAGGACCAAACAUCCAAAUGAGCUCAUAUGUCUGCCCAUUUGUCAUCAGUCCAUUGACUUUUAAUUUUUGUUUGCUUUGUUAGAAAUAAAGAAAAUCAAUUUUUAAAUGUCUUCAAGAAUUUUCUUCUGAGGUGGUACCAGUAAUCUGAAUCAUGGAUGUAAAGUGUAGUAAUACAAUGACAUUCACAUACGUUCAUGCAAGUAACCUACGAAAAAUAGUAAAAACGCUAACUUUAGAAAAUCUUUAAGUAUCUUCUUAGAAACUGACAAGGUCUAGAUACAGAACUUAAGCUUUAUGAAGAUGUGUAGGACACAUGUUCUGUUUUGUUGUUGUCAUUUUAAGAUUUUGACCUUGCUUUGGCCUUUGCACUUUUCUCCUAAAUUCUCUCCAAAUGCAUUUCUUUGCACUGUUAACAUCAUCAUCAUCUCAGAAACCAGGUGACCAAUAAAGCUGAAAAUUCACAUCCAAAGAUCUCACUCCAAUUUGUACAAGAUAUUAGAAUCUUCUUUUCAAUAUGGCCACUGAAAGCAACUUUUGUUAAGGGGCUGUCUUUGUUGAUAUUUGUAUCUGUUGACUACAUUUCCAGGUGAGCUACAGUGCCAUGGCACUCUCACUUGGCAUGCCUUGAUAUAUCUAGAAUAAUGUUCAAAGCAGAGUUAAACUAACUCACUCACUCACUCACACUUACCAAGCCUUUCCUGCAUGUAUCAUUCUGAAAUUUGAUAUGCUGUAAGUUUGUGCUGUGCAGAGUAACAUUUUCUUUUGGAGUAUUUGGAUUUUUUGUCCAAGUUAUGGACCCUAACCAUUAAAUUACCCAUAUGGUUUAUCUAGUUUACAUACAGUUUAUCUCGGUUUUCUGCCUUUUCAAAAACACUGGUGAAACCUUUGGGUUAAGGAUGCUAAAAUUGCAUGAAUGUCAGACCAGCAUGUAACAAAGUCCAAUCCUAUUAUAAACAUGGCCACUAUAGCCAUCAUAUAAAAAAUGUCAUUUGUAUCUGUUGCUCAGCCAUUUCUGCAUGUAUCGUCAUGAUGGUACAUACUUUAUGUUGUGUCUUAUAACACAUUGUGUUGUGCUGUGUAUUGUUAUACUGGGCACAACUUUAACCUUAUGGCUACUAUCAGUGCCAGGGCAAUCAUGAUAAAUCUGUAAUUUUGGCCCUCUUCAUAGCCAUUUACGCAUGUAUCAUUGUCUAAUUAAGUAAUAUGCACUGAGUAUGUCUGUUGUGUAGACACUUCUGUUAUUUUUGUUGCAUUUUCCUCUUUAGCCUUGUUAGACCUUCUGGUUUAUGAUAUUCCAGAAACAUUCAGGUGAGCUAUGAACAUGAACUAUAUAUUCCACUUCACAGACUCAAUGCUAUUAUUAUUAUUAUUAUUAUUAUUAUUAUGGUUUGUCUAAAUUGAAAUGAUAAGCCGUCUUUAGCUUGUCCUGAAGACUUAAUUUUUGGAUUUUGUUGAUAAAAACCAGAUUUCUUGAACAUGCAUGGUAACUACAUUUGAUUGGCUUAUUCAACUUGUGAUGUUGUCAUGAUUUGAAGAAAGGUUGUUGCAAAUAAAAGGUCUUUAUGAGA